UGACCUUUUAAACAACGAAAGACAAACUGGGGAUUCGAAAUUGUUUGCUGAUAUACUUAGGGUGGAUCUCUGGAUGCCAAUAACUUUAUUUGAUAAUUAUUUGAUUAAUUCAUCAAUAUAGCAAUGGCGUACCCCGGAGAUGAUCUGCCCGAGGAGGAGCAUCAACUAUCGUCUAGUCCUGAAGCUACGAUACGAAAUCGCCUACCCACACUCUUCGAGGUUCUCUGCCGUCGUACGCAUCCUCCGGUUGACUUGUUCUCGUUUUAUAUUUAUAUGCGAGAUCAGCAGCGUUCUGUUGACUAUCUUGACUUCUGGCUUGAUGUUGCUCAGCACAUGUCCCUUUGCCGUCAUUAUGUCCGAGAACUGCGAAGAUCUGUCCUUGUAGGAACACCCGACCUGGAGGUAGAAGAGUCUAAGAGAUCUUCUCGAGCCUUAGAUGCGAUUGGUGACCUGGGCUAUUCCCAUUCUGGCCCCUCGAGAUUUGGAAACGAGAAGGAGAAAGAACGCGAUGCACAGAUCUCAACUUACCUUCGGGAUCAACCGGCCCCGAGCACCUUUCACGAUUCUCCGGCUAGUAGCCAAGAACGAAGAGCUCGAGCUAGCACCCAGCUUAGUUCUGGCACGCCACAUCAUGUCACUGACUCGACCUCGCCAGAACACGCCGUAGCCCGAGAGGAUAUCCGGGCGUCUGCUGAGAAGAUUCUCUAUACCUUCUUGCUCCCUGGAGCCGAACGUGAGAUUACUCUGGAUGGUGAUAUCGCCGCGACAAUCACCAGAGAAAUUGAGGAGGGCAACCGUGAUGACCCGGAGCUAUUCGAUGUUGCUAAGGACUACGUAUUUCAGGCUAUGGAGCGAGAUGCGUUUCCUGGAUUCUUGAGAGCUCGUGCAUUCGGAAACCUUAUCCCCCCUACCCUCAUUGCGCGACUGAUUAUUGGUCUUGUCGCUUUGUUCGGUGGGUUCUGGACUGGAUUUAACUUGAUAUUCCUCGACCGUUCCCGCCUGGAACGAUGCUGGGAGAUUCUACCAUUCACCAUUGGUGUCUACUUUCUAGCUUCCUACCAAUAUUCACUGGACCCUAUAAUGGCUCUAGUCGGUUACAGUGAACUGACGCCAUUUGAAUUCACUCGUAUUCGAGAACCGUAUGUGCGCAAGCUGCUGAUUCGACGUUCUAUCAUGGUAUUAGCUGUGACUCUUCUCGUUGAUGCAGCACUCUGUGUGUUGUUCAUCCUCGUGCCUGGACACAGGCUUUAAUAAGCAUGUUUACAUCAUAAUCGAAUUUUCGCCAUGGUCUUGAUUGAUUUUUAUUAAUCUAAGACCAUCCAUUGCAUCAUUGCUGUUUUCAAUCUAUACGACGUCAUGACCAUUUUUCUUUCGAGGAGUUUCAAAAUACACAGAGUUUCAAAAAGAUUGACUUAUUUAUUCAAAAUAAAUAAGUCUUGAAUAAUAAAACUCUGUUCCGGUGUGUGAGGGGCGGGGAGGAUAAUGUGAUACCAUCAAGCACGAGCAAGCCGAUUUUCAUUUUCCAACUUUUUUUUACUUCGUUUCUUCUUUUCGCCCUGCAGUGAAAGGGGGUGCUC